AAGAACGAAAAAGGGGGGAAGCCGUCUCCCUCAUCAAUCCGCGUCCCCUUUCCGUUUCUUCCAUUCCACCUCACCUUCCCUCUCCCCGGAAAUAAAUAAACGCGCCCCCACCGGAAAGCAAAAGCCUCCGCCCUCGCGCCCCCGCCGAAUUCACACCCGACCUCCUGCCGCAGGUUGCAGAUGACGCAUAGGUUUCCAAAUGAAGGUGCCUCAUCCAGCUCCACCUCUGCGAGCAGCCAGAGAAGUGAGACCGAUGAUGACAAAAUGAUUGCGAUGCUUCUUGAAGAAGAAUAUGCCAAUCUUGAUGGUGCUAUGGCCAAGCGUCUUACAAAUUUAACAUCUAUUCCUCAUGUUCCCCGGAUCAACACGUACUUCCCGACGUAUAGUGAUGCCACUAUGGAUCAUCACCGCCUUCACGAUAGGUUAAAUGCAUAUGGCUUGCUUGAAGUGAGGGUAUCAGGCGAUGGCAAUUGUCAGUUCCGUGCACUCUCAGACCAGCUAUAUCGAUCACCCGAGCAUCACAAGCAUGUUCGUAAAGAAAUAGUGAAGCAGCUCAAGGCAUGUAACUCCUUGUAUGAAGGCCAUGUCCCAAUGAAAUAUAAACACUACUGCAAGAAGAUGAAAAAAUCCGGUGAGUGGGGAGACCAUGUCACACUACAAGCAGCUGCUGAUAAGUUUGCUGCGAAAAUAUGUCUUCUAACAUCAUUCAGAGAUACCUGCUUUGUUGAAAUUGUUCCACAAUAUCAGGCUCCGCAGAGAGAGCUCUGGCUAAGUUUCUGGUCCGAAAUUCACUACAACUCACUGUAUGAUGCUCGAGUCCCAAGCCAAUACAAGCCUAAAAGGAAGCACUGGUUUUUUUAGAUCCACUUACUGCUUCAGGCUUUGGAUUUUGUUGCAUGGCCUUCUCGAAGCGACAUCCUCAUGUAGAGCGGACACCCCCUCUGUGUCCUUCUCCACUGAAGGUGUGAAUCGUGGGUCUGUUGGAUGGCACUCGUUGGGGCGGUACAAUACAGCAUCAGAUAUAGCUCAAUACUGAAUUUGAGGUUGCUUGUAAAUAGAUGCCUACACUGACAUACAGAUUGACUGUACAAAUGUUUGUUCAUUGUUACAUUUGUAUACGGUGCUACUCCAUGUAAUUUCAUUCACUUCAUUUAUGGGAACAAUUCGUUUUAGGUUAA